AUGCUCGUAUUAACCUGUGUCUUUCCAGCCUUGCCCUGCAGCUGGCCCAUCCACUUGCCCAAAGGGUCAUUUAGCCAAAGUCCGGAGUCGAGUCUGGUCGAAUGUGGUUUCCUACCAAGUAAACUCUUUCUCGAGCCGCGUAUGCAAAUUGUUCCCUUUCUUUUUCACUCUUUCUCUCCGACAUCUCCUUCCAUCACCACAGUCACAAUCAGUACAGUGGUUCCCUCACACCGACGCAGGCCUGACCGACAGGCAUCCUUCGAGACCCCCGAAGCGAACCAAACGAGCCCAAUAGCCAACAGGUGUCACGACAACCAGAGGCCAAGUCUGGUUCAAGAGUUGGGAGCUGAGCCGAAGCUCUAG